AUGAAGAAGCAGUGGCACAAUCUGACCACUCUGCUGAAGUGCUCAAAUGUCACUCCAUUCAAGGACAGGAAUGAUGCAGGAUACAUAUGCGCGUACUGUUUCAAAACAUAUCCAAAUCCAGACAUUCUUAGAGCCCAUACACACGGAGACCAUGCUAAAGAAAGACCUUCAUAUAAAGCUGGUUCUGGAAUGGCUAGUUUUGUCGCCUUUCUCGACAUUGUUGAUUUAAAAUGCACCCUUUGCGAUCAUCCUAUGGAGUCACUACAAACUUUAACGGAACAUUUAAUAUCCAUCCAUGAAAAGAAAUACUAUCUAGGAGUCAGGGACUAUUUCCAACCAUUUAAGUUAUCGAAUGAACAGCAAAUCAACUGUUGUCUUUGCAACGAGGUUUUCCAUAACAUGAAACUCUUGAUGCAGCACAUGAAUAUACACUACAGGAACUUUAUAUGCACCACAUGCGGAGCUGGAUUCGUAAACUCUUUUCGUUUAAACAGACAUGAAACUACUCACGGUAAAAAGAAGUUCAGUUACCCUUGUAGGCAUUGUGGCCAAGUUUUUGCCGCUGAAUCCAAAAAGAAAGCGCAUGUGAACACGGAACAUAAAGGUAUAGCCGGUGACAGCGUUUGUCAGAUUUGUAAAGCUAGGUUCAAAAAUUAUUACCAGAAAACAAGACAUAUGAUGCAAGUUCACAAUGCAGAAGGUAUUAAGUGUGAUUUAUGUGAAAAGAAGUUUAACUUAAAAUCAAAUUUGAUGCUGCAUAUGCGGAGUGUGCACUUAAAAGAACGGCCGUACGAAUGCUCAGUUUGUAGCAUGGGUUUCUUUAUUAAAAGGCACAUGCUGGGCCAUUAUAUGGCUACUCACACCAACGAGAGAAAGUUCAAGUGUGAAGUGUGCGGAAAGGCGUAUGCGACACAGAACAGUGUCGGCUGCAAUACAGACAUUAAAAUAGAGCCGGAAGUAAGUAAACUACUGAAUUUACUCAAAAAGCCGACAUCGAUUACAAAGAAAGAUAACAGAAACGAUUGCAACCUUACAGUGGCAAAGAAACGUCAUAAAACAAAGGUAUUGGACGGAUUGGUGGCCAUAGAAACGAACUACAUAAGCAAAGAGAUCACUAAACAUUUACACAAUAUAAGGACCAUCCUCUUAAAUUCUAAUGCUACCCCAAUAAGAAGUUACAACGGAAUAGGAUACACAUGCUGUUUUUGCUCAGAACAAUACCCUGUACCUAAAGAUCUAAAGAAACAUACCCUUGACAAUCAUGAUAAAACUGUCAAAGUAAAGUUUAUGCAAGGAUGUCCUUCAUCUAUAUAUGUAGUCAAACUAGAUAUAACAGACUUAAGUUGUGAACUUUGCAGUACUGAAUUCAAAGAUUUACAAACAUUUGUAGAACAUUUACAAAAUGAUCAUCAUAAAACACUCCACACAGAUAUAAAUGAUCACAUACUGCCAUUCAAAUUUGAAGGCGAAGGUUUCACUUGCGUUAUUUGUUCUAAGAACUUCGAAAGGUUCAAGUUAAUACAUGAACAUAUGAAUAUUCAUUACAGAAAUUAUAUCUGUGAGGUUUGCGAUUCUCCCUUUGUCAACAAGAGGACGCUUAAAAGUCACAUGUCAAGGCACAAGCAAGGGGAGUUUAAUUGUAGCUUUUGCGCAAAAGUUUUCGACACCCAAAACAAAAAAACUAACCACGAAAAGUUCGUCCACACCGGUGAUCAAAGAAGAAACAUUUGCCCAUACUGCAAGGAAAAAUUUCUCAGCUAUGCUAAGAAAAACGAGCACAUGGUAGAAGUACAUGGUGUAGAGCCUCUUGUGCUGAAAUGUAAAGCUUGCGAUAAAACAUUCAAUAGACGAGAUAAAUUGACACGCCAUACGAAGCGAGACCACUUACUUGAAAGGCGGUUUGAAUGCGACCAUUGUGACAUGAAGUUUUAUGGAAAAAGAGAUCUUAAUACGCACAUGGUUAAGCAUACUGGAGUGAAGCAAUAUAGGUGUGAAGUAUGUCUUAAGGCGUUUGGGAGGAGGCACACAUUGAGAGAACAUCUGCGUAUUCACGCAGACGAUAGGAGGUUCAAAUGUGAACAUUGUGGACAAACUUUUGUACAAAAAUGUAGUUGGAAGAGUCAUAUGCGCUCAAAGCACGAAGAGUUUGUGCGAAAUAAUCUUGUUUGUUAA